AUGACCACCGAAACUCCAGAUGUGAGGAAUCUCAAGUCAUGGAAGGAGGCUUUCCAAUACCCGAUUCCCACUGUGCGGAAGGUCGAGCAGGAGUUGCGGCGGGACAUUGCCAGCAACAAGGAGAAGCUGCGGUCGUUAGUCGGCACCCGCUAUCGUGAGCUCCUAGGAACCGCCGAGACUAUCAUCGAAAUGAGCGUGGAGAGUUCCGAAGUCGAGUCCAGACUAGCCAGCAUCGGAAUCCGCUGCAAUACGAGCUUGAUUGGCAAGAAGUCGGUCAAUUUGACGGACAUCAAUCGAGAUUCGACGGGGCGAACAGAAGGAGACAAAGCUUUCGCCGGCCAGCUCGCGCUUCUUCAUCGCUGCACCACCGUGACAGGAAGGCUCCUGCGCAAACACGAUUCGCCGUUGUUGGCUUCCAAGUUGAUGGUUAUUUCGAGAUUACUCUACAAGACCCUUUCUCAGCACCCAAGCACCCCACCGUUUCUUGAAUCAUUACGCUCGCAGCUGAGUUAUGUCCAAAAGCUGAUACGCCGGAGGAUUGAUCGGAGACUAGGGUCUGCCAAUUCGAGCGUCGAAGACAUUAUUGAUUCAAUGGCGGCUUUUUGUCUGUCCAAUAAUGCGUCGUCGCUAGAUGUGAUUACACAUUUUCAUAAUAUCCGGUUCAGUUAUAUUGGGAAGCGACUCGGCCGCGACAAUGGAAGUGAAUGUAUCCCCAAGGCGUUGAGCCUAUAUAUUCAGACACUCCAGCAUACAAAAGUUCUCUUUUCCCGUCGACUGUCGGAUGCGCUGGGCAAACUACAGGCUCAGCCUCUCUUGAAUGAUCAUGAUAUUCAAAAGCUCGACGAUAUCGACCUGGACAUUCUAGGCCGAUGGGUUGUUCCGGAUGUCAAGAACUUUACGCCGUGGAUCAAAUCGGAUGCCCUGACCAAGCAGUCGGCAGAACAAACUCUAAAGGCCUGGUCCAAAAAAGCGUUCCAGGUAUUCUUAGAGCGCGGAGCAGCAACUCUUGGAAAUUCCGUGGAUUUUGCGGGAGUCCUUGCAUUGCGGAAGAGAACGUUAGAUAUAUGGCUUGCCGCCGUUUCCACAACCCUUACGCAUUCGUCGACAGGUGUGUUGGAGGGGCUUAGAGAUCUCUUCAACAACCAACUUAAAAAUAUACUGCUCAGUGAAGCUCAAAAGUUGUUAUCUGUUGAUGAUUCAGUCAAGUCGCAUCUGACAAAAUGGGAAAAGACGGAAGUGCCUGCAACCCAGUCACUAUGGAAUCCUGACCUAUUGUCGUUGGAAGUCUCCGAGGGGGCAACUACCUUCAAGAGAGCUAUCAUAGAAACAUUGCUCGGCCAAGAUGCGAAAAUAACCAAUGUGUUGGAACUCUACCAUUCUUGGCUUGCCACUAUCGAAACCUCUAGACAGCUAAUUGAAGACUUGCAAAGUACGAAAUGGGAAGAUACUCUUGACGAGGAUGAAGACGAAGAGUUUCAGACCAGUGCUGUGGAGUUGCUCUCCAAGGAUGAUCCUCAUCUGUUACGUGAAGAGCAGAUCAAGACAGUCAGACAAGCUCUGCUCGAUUUGCAAAAAUCCUUUGAGGAUACAACCAAAACUUUCGACUCGAAGAAUAGCGACAAGGCUGCUUUUGUUCUACGACUAAUUCGAGAUCUUAGACGGGAGAGUCCAAAUAUUUUACAAGGUGAUGAAGUCGAGUUCGCGGAGGGCGUUGUACCAGAGUUGCACGACAUCUUGGCACAAGAGGUUCUGUCCAAAGUACCAGCGUCAAAGAUCAUUCCGCCUUCCAAUAAAAUUACACGCGUCCCUGGACGUUCUCUGUGGGAGAAAACCCCGGAACUACCCAUCCAGCCUUUGCCAUCAACCUUCAAGUACUUUAAACGUCUCGUGGAAGCUAUGGAAGAUCUAGGUCCGGAUCUAUGGAAUCCUUCUGCCGUCGGCAUUCUCAAACAGAAGCUACACAAUACGGCCGUUGAUUCAUUCGGCGCAAAAUUGGAGCAACUCAAGUCUCCCGACAGCACGGAAGAGGAGAAAGAGGCUGACGAAGCUGACGAGGCCGAGGAGGAAGAGAAACCGUCCGCUGAAACAGACUCAAAUAUUGCACGAGACUGGAAAAUCCAAUUAUUGCUCGACGCGUUUUACAUUCGAGACGUUCUCUCGAUGCAGAUGGACGGUACAAGCCCUCUAUACGAGUUGAUCGAAACUCUCCAGGGCGAGUGCGAUGAAGACGGAAUUGCCGGGACAUUACAGGAGGCGGCGCAUGAAUUCUGGAGCAGAACACAGCUCCUCCUUGGGCUUUUGGCUGGAAUUUGA